AUGGCGCAGAAGCGUCUCAUGAGUGAGCUGCAGACGCUGCAGAAGGAGAAAUGGGUGUAUAUCGACGUCGAUGAGCAGAACGUUUUGAAAUGGAAGAUCGGUCUCAUGGUCGUGAACCCGGACAGUGUCUUCAAUGGCGCAUACCUCAAGGCCGCCAUGACCUUCACCUCCGAAUACCCCUACCAGCCCCCGACCUUCCAGUUUCAGACCAAGAACAUUGUCCACCCGAACGUCUACUUCGACGGCAAGCUGUGUAUUUCCAUCCUCCACAAGCCAGGGGAGGAUGAACAAUCAGGUGAACAAGCUUGCGAGCGUUGGUCACCCCUGCAAGGUGUCGAGUCCGUCUUGCGAUCUGUCCUGCUGCUUCUCGAUGACCCGGAAAUCAACUCGCCCGCGAACGUUGAUGCUGGAGUUCUGUACCGCGACAAUCGCGAAGAAUACAACAAGAGGGCUUCCGAGACGGUAGAGACGUCCAGGAAGGACAUACCUGAGGGCGUCAAGUUCCCUACAACCGCUGACCUGGAGCCUGUGCCGCAAAAGCCCGUGGACGACGAUGCAUUCUGGAAUGAGACAGAUGACGAGGGCGACUUUGACCUGGGUGGCAGCGACAGUGACUUUGAGAUGGACGAAUACAACGAGGACGAAGAAGAUGACGACGCCGACGAUAGUAGCAACACGGCUGCCGGGAAGAAGGAUAACACAAAGGCCUGA